AUGCGCAAAGUAGAUGGAGAGGUGGGGGAUCACACUGAACACAGUAGGAAAGUAUUCUGUAAGCUGCUAAACGAUACGAUAGCGGGAGUAUUGGAGGAGGAACGUAGGAUAAGUGAGGGCCAGGCAGGUUUCCGAAAGAUGAGGGGGUGGGUAGACCACGCAUUCACGAUAGGGAGAAUCAUCCAAGGUAGACAGAGGGCGCGAAAGCUGACGUACUGCUUCUUCCUGGACGUGCAAAAGGCAUACGAUACAGUAUGGAGAAAUGCGCUGUGGAAACGAUUGUCCAAGCACGGGAUCAAGGGGAAAAUGUGGAGAGUGCUGACGACGAUGACAGAGUGUACGAAACGCGCUGUCAUGCUAGCCGGAGAGCUGUCGGAAUUCUUCAACAUUGAGCAAGGGGUUCCACAAGGUUGCACGUUGUCCCCAACAUUGUUCCAGGUGUUGAUCAACGAUCUGUUGAAAGUCGUAGAAGCAGUCGGGAAGGGAGUCUAA